AUGCGCCCGCGGCUUAUUUUCUCACCAGCACUGCUACUGCUGGCACUGACGGCGCGGGCCAACUUGUCCGAGGAGGUCGACCUCUCCUAUAGCAAAUAUAGGGGUGCGGCCUUGUCGACUGGCAUAACGCAGUGGCUCGGGAUGAGAUACGCCGCUGCGCCGACGGGAAGCUUGAGGUUCAUGCCGCCUCAAGAUCCGCUGCACACGGACGGAGUCUUGCCGGCGGACAAGCACGGCAAAUCCUGUCUCGCAACCGGCCACUCACCAGCAGAAAACACCACGUCAGAAGACUGUCUCUUUGUCAAUGUCCAGUCUCCCUCCCGGGCGAAGCCUGGCUCGCUGCCCGUCUUCCUGUACAUCCAAGGAGGCGGGUUCAACCUCAACUCCAACGCCAACAUCAAUGCCUCGGGGCUCAUCCAAGCCAGCGGGCACAACGUCGUCGUCGUCAGCUUCAACUACCGCGUCGGCCCGUACGGAUUCCUCACCGACGGCAAGGACAUCGCGCCCAACAACGGACUCCGCGACCAGGAAAAGGUCAUGGAGUGGGUGCAGAGACACAUCGCCAAGUUUGGAGGGAAUCCAGGCCGCGUCACUCUGGCAGGAUCGUCGGCGGGCGCCGAGAGCGUCGUGAUCCACCUCACGGCGCGCAACGGCACAGACAAGGGGUAUUUCCACGCCGUGGCCGCGGAAUCGCCCUCCUUCGCGACGACGCUGACCGUGGCCGAGUCGCAGUACCUCUACCGCCACUUCGCCACGAGACUGGGAUGCGGAGGCGUCGACAGCCUGGCCUGUCUGCGCGGCAAGACGGCCCGCGAGUUGCAGGAGCAGAAUUUCAACAUCCCGCUGCCCGGGGCCGCGAAUCCGCCAAACUACCUGUAUGUGCCUUGCAUCGACGGUGAGUACCUGACCGACUACACGUACCGCCUGAUUCAAGACGGCCGCUUCAUCAGGGUCCCCUCCAUCUUUGGUGACGACACAAACGGCGGGACCAAGUUUGCGCCGAUGAACGCGUCGAGCCUCGCGGAGAGCAACGCCUUCAUGCUGGACAACUACCCGUUCCUCACGCUGGGUCUCAUGGAGGAGAUGGAGGCCAUGUAUCCGAAUCCGGACAAGACGUGCCCCAACGCAGGGUGCUACUGGAGACAGGCCAGCAACGCGUAUCAAGAGGUGCGGUACAUGUGCCCUGCGCUGGCAAUGACGUCUGCGCUGGCCAGGGCCGGCAUCAGGAACUCGUUUGCUUACCGGUGGAACGUGCAGGACGACGCUCAGAUGGAGGCUGGCCUCGGCGUUCCUCACACGUCGGAGCUUGAUGCUAUACUGGGCCCGGACUAUGCGCCGAGCCCGCCGGCGAGCUACAGGAAGGGCGGCAUCAACCAUCUGGCGUCGCCAGUCAUCCAAAAAUACUGGACAAACUUCAUCCAGAACCAUGAUCCGAACCAGGGCGGCGACCCCGACGUCGAGGUGGCCGAAUGGACGGCCUGGUCGCCUGGUGCGCAGGACCGGCUCGUCUUCCAGACGGGCGGUAGGACCGAGAUGGAAUCAUUUGGCGACGAGCUGAACAAGAGGUGUUUGUUUUGGGCCGAGCACGGCGUUGAGUUGCGGACGUAG